GCGAGAGUUCACCUGGGUUGGGUUGGUCAGAAAAUAACGCCAGAAAUUAGAGCUUUUGUGUUUUCAGGCACUAGUCUUUGUUUGAAGCGGAGAUUACUAAGCUCGGUGUCUGUGUUUUCGUCAAUUCACUUCAAAAUCUCCGUUUCUUUCUAGGCCUGUCAUCGAUCGAAGCGCUGACAGUGUAUCCCGAGGACAAUUUUUCUAUAUAAAUACGCCCAUAAACAUUUUCUUCGCAGAACAGAGUACGAGCUAUCAGCGUAAUAACAAAUUUGGAUCGCGUCGUAGCCGUUUCUGAGCUUCUAAACGGAUGGCUGUUGCAACAGUAAGAGCUGUACCUGUCGCUAUAUCAUCUUACAAUUCACAAAAUUCAGUAAGCUUUGAUGGCUUAUCAAGUAUCACAUCUUCUUCAUAUCCAACAAGGAGGAUUUUUACAAAUGAUAUGACAUUGACAAGCAAGAUUUCUGUUAGAAAGUAUAGGAGAAGUUGUUUGGUAGUAGCACAGGCUUCUCCUGUUUUGGAUCCAAUCUCCUCAACUUCAAAGAAUUCAAAUGAUUCUUCAAAGAAAUCAACUGAAGCAGCCUUGAUUUUGAUCCGUCAUGGGGAGUCAUUGUGGAAUGAGAAAAAUUUAUUUACUGGGUGUGUGGAUGUACCCCUGACACAAAAAGGAGUAGAAGAGGCUGUUGAUGCUGGAAAAAGGAUUAGCAACAUUCCAGUUGAUCUGAUAUUUACUUCUGCAUUGGUUCGGGCUCAGAUGACUGCUAUGCUUGCAAUGACUCAGCACCGCAGGAAAAAGGUGCCAAUAAUAAUACAUAAUGAGAGUGAGCAGGCCAAGGCAUGGAGCAGGAUAUUCAGUGAAGAUACUCAAAAACAGUCUAUUCCAGUCAUAACAGCUUGGCAACUCAAUGAGCGCAUGUAUGGAGAAUUGCAAGGACUGAAUAAACAAGAAACAGCUGAUAGAUAUGGGAAGGAAAAAGUCCACGAAUGGCGUCGCAGUUAUGAUAUUCCUCCUCCAAAUGGUGAAAGCCUUGAAAUGUGUGCAGAACGUGCUGUUGCCUAUUUUAAGGAACAGAUUGAGCCUCAACUUCGGGGUGGGAAAAAUGUGUUAAUUGCAGCUCAUGGAAAUUCUCUGCGGUCUAUAAUAAUGUAUCUGGACAAGCUGACAUCCCAGGAGGUUAUAAGCCUUGAACUAUCGACUGGAAUCCCCAUGCUUUACAUUGUUAAGGAAGGCAAAUUUAUUAGACGGGGAAGUCCUAUUGCACCUUCAGAGGCAGGAGUUUAUGCAUUUACUAGGAAUUUGGCUCUCUACAGGCAAAAGCUGGAUAAUAUGGUACACUGAUGUUUUGAACAGGUCAUACAGAAGAGCAGUCAUUUUAAACAUUGUUGGCAAACAGGGCAGAAUUUAUAGGACUAAAAAAAUUUGCCCAUGAAUUUGGUUUCAUCAGAGACCUUUGGUAUUAGAUUUUACAUGUUAUCUUUUUCUUUGUAGCCUGUAGGUAUUAUGGAUUUUCAUCUUUAUACAUUCUUUAGAAGCAAUCCACUAAUAAAGCAUGUUCAACCUAAAUAUAUGAUUAGAACUAUUUGUUCACAAGAGCGAACAACAAAUCCUUUGUCAUUAUUAUCAUAAGCAUAAAAGUAGAUGGAGCAAGUCAAAAGUUCUACUAGGUUUCCUGGAUUUCAGCAUUAUUUUGAGUGGGUAUUGUAAGUUACACUACAAUACUAGAUGUACUGUCAUUUGAGGCAGGGUGCCAGGUCUGAGUUGGACAAAUAUUGUAUAUUAAGAGAACUGUGUAUCCAUUGAAUGCACUGGUAUGACUCAAAGCAAUACUUGAGAAUCUGAGAUUAUAUUGCA